CCGUGUUCUCCGCACGGCCAGGAACCAGCCUGAUGUCGUCAGGUACAGCAGCACGCGCUGACGCUGACGCCCGCCAUUUGCCUUGUGAGACGUGGACGGAGACACAGCUGGGCCCCCGUCGCGCGCGGCCUUGCUGGUGGUCGGAACAAUCAGGGCCGCAGGAUGGACGGUCAAGGCUGGUCUCUUGACUGAAUCACGUACGAGGCUGGACCACAUGGCAUCAUUCGUGACGAGCUGGGUUCCUUAUCAGGAUACCAACCGCUCUUCGGCGACCCGGCUUGGGACAUCUGUACAUUCCAAGCAGUUUCCCCUCUCUGCAUAUCCUGGGGUAAAGCGUCAAGGCCUGUACUCGCUCCUCUUCUGGCCGCUUGCUGUUAGUCACUGGCCUGCAUCACCGCGAUUAUCUGUCGGUUCCGAGAUCCUACUAGCUCUAUCUCUGUUGCCGACGCUGGGACCUCAUUAGACUGAGCCACCACCCAAACCACCGUCAGCCCUCGCGCUGGCUUUUGUUUGAUUCAUAGCCGCCUCAGCUCCAGUCGUCGCUUCCUCUUGUGACUCAGACUCCCUCCCACGAAGGUUCACGCUUACCCAUCACGCCUUCCCUCAUCAGCACUCGCAGCUUCUCAACGCCCUACGACUCAUCCACCGGUACGACUUGCCCGUUACCACAACUGCACUUGCUACUGCUCCUGCUCCUGCUCCUGCUCUUUCUCCUUUCACUUAUCUUGCCCCCGACCUCACCUCUCACCUCACCCCUCUCCCUCGACGUUACACGCCUACCUUUCUUCAGAUCGCGUAAUCUGAUAUUCCUAUCGUUCAGAUUCAAUAAAGCAAAACUCUGCGACGCGUCUGUUGUCUACCUGAUCGUCGUCAACCUUUGUUCUCUUUCGUCUGAAAUGGCCGAUCUCCGCUCUGCUGCUAUCGACUUUAAGCGCGACAACACCUCCAAGGCCAAAUGGGCCCGCGGCGAAGCGUAUGGCCCAGGCAGAGCGAAGGAUGGCCACGCUGCUCCUGUGAGGGCGAAGUCAAAGUACCCGCGAAGUAACCAAGAACUAAGGCUCGACCGCAACACCAGGACUGCGGCGCGCAACGACAUUCUAGACGAGGCGCACGCUCACAACAGCGACUCGUCUGAAAUUGACGAGCCAUGUGAGCCGUGCGCUGCGCCAGACGCAGAGAUUGCUUACUCGUAUGACGCACAACGCGGCCCGAGCCAUGGCUCGACCAUUCUGAGCAACGCCCUCGUACAGGCAGUAGAACGCUUCGAGAGCAAAGUGACAGAGAAGCUGGUCAAGGAUGAAUAUGAGGUGCUCCCGACGAACCCGGAGGACCUGCUCACGCCUGUCAAGAAGGGAGGCAAACAGCAAGUAUCUGCAUCGACUGCCGCCGAAGAGGAGGACUACGAAUUUGUCUAAGCACAAGGAGAAGGCAUGAACUGCCUUGGAAUGUCGUUCUUUCUAGUGGCGAUGCUGCUGAUGACUUUUCUUGGCCCUCCUUGUCACUUUGAGUAUGUAUUCUGAUUUUCUCUUGGCUCGGACAAAUCCAUUUACUGGCGGCGCACACGGAUAGAUUGGAACAUCCCGCAGGACAGCCGGCGGACAUUGAUACCCCAUUGGCUGGAAGAGUGCCGGAGUUUCUGAGAACAAGUAAAUUGCAACUGUACUCCUCUUGACAUGAACUUUUCGUUUUGAACCUCGUCGUUGCAGUUGAACUUGUCAUGAGAUCUUGUCCUGCAGGAGUGGGCAACGUUGUAAUCAACUCUUUUUUCGGGAUUCUCAUGUCCGCCAACAUGCAGUUCGCCGCUGCCUCGAGCUGCAUGUCAUACAAAUAUAAUACUCUUGC